AGGUCCCACACGGCGUGCUGCCCAGAGCGAGGCGGCUCGUGAGCUCCGGGGGCCCGGGCCAGGGGCAGCUGGAGGCCAGCCCGCCCACGCUGCUGCCCACGACCCCCAGCUGCUGGCUUGUGGCCCGGGAGCUGCGUGUGGAUUGAUUCACGCCGUUCUCUGCCGGCGAGCCCUAGCGGCUGGCCCGUGUGCGCCCCUUCCUCUCCGAGGCCAGCGUCUCCGGCCCAGAUCCAGCACCACGAUGGGCGAGGAAGCCGUGAACUCCAGUGACGCCUACUAUUUCGGGGAAGACUACCCCGACUUCGCCAACACCUCCUACUACCCGGUGGACGACGGCGCCCUGGUCUGCUCCCUGCAGGAGGUCCGGGACUUCUCCAGGGUGUUUGUGCCGAUCGCCUACUCCUUGAUCUGCGUCUUUGGCCUCCUGGGCAACACCCUGGUGGUGGUCACCUUCGCCUGCUACAAGAAGGCCAAGUCCAUGACCGACGUGUACCUCCUGAACAUGGCCCUGGCCGACAUCCUCUUCGUGCUCACGCUGCCGUUCUGGGCCGUCAGCCACGCGGCCGGCGCCUGGGUCUUCAGCGGCGCCCUGUGCAAGCUGAUGAAAGGCAUCUACGCCAUCAACUUCAACUGCGGGAUGCUGCUGCUCACCUGCGUCAGCCUGGACCGCUACGUGGCCAUCGUGCAGGCCACCCGCUCCUUCCGGCUGCGCUCCAGGACCCUGGCGCGCAGCAAGGUCGUCUGCCUGGCCGUGUGGCUCGUGGCCGUCGUCACCUCCAGCUCCACCUUCACCUUCAACCAGAAGUACGAGCUGCAGGGCCGCGAGGUCUGCGAGCCCCGGUACCACGCGGUCUCGGAGCCCGUCGUGUGGAAGCUGCUGGUGCUGGGGCUCGAGCUGCUCUUCGGCUUCUUCGUCCCGCUGCUCUGCAUGGUCUUCUGCUAUGCGUUCAUCAUCAGGACGCUGGUGCAGGCCCAGAACUCCAAGAGGCACAAGGCCAUCCGCGUCAUCAUAGCCGUGGUCCUGGUGUUCCUGGCCUGUCAGAUCCCCCACAACGUGGUGCUGCUCGUCACGGCCGCCAACCUGGGCCGCCUGGACCGGUCCUGCGCCAGCGAGAGGCUGAUCGGCUACACCAAGAACGUCACCGAGGUCCUGGCCUUCCUCCACUGCUGCCUCAACCCCGUGCUCUACGCCUUCGUCGGCCACAGGUUCAGGAACUACUUCCUGAAGGUCGCGAGGGACCUGUGGUGCGCGAGGAGGAAGCACCAGGCGCUCGGCUUGUCCUGCUCCAGGGUGUACUCGGAGACCUGCCCCGCCAGGCCCGCCAGCGAGACCGUGGACAACGACAACGUGUCGUCUUUCACCAUGUGACGCGCGGAGGCGGCCGCGGCCACGGCCACAUGUGCCCGGGGGAGGCAGGUGUCAGAAUCAAGCAGGCUUCUUUCUUGAGGCUAAGGGACUCGGCGUGGUCCUGGUGGGGGGUGGGCUUGGGUAGGCAGCAUUCCCCCAACGUCCUUUCCCGAAAAUUCUGUGACCCCACAGGGUCCCACGGGGCUGCUGCUCCACAAAACCACUAUUGGGGAAACUGCGUUAACAGGAACCAUUUGCAAGCCUAGAAGUUUCCAGAAACAUCCGCGAAGCAGCCCUAGCCUGCAGCGUCUUCUGGAUAACACAACAGAUUCCGCCGUCUUCCAAAGGCAAAGAGAAAACGAGCGGAAGCCCUCGCAGGCGCAGGGGAGCCGCGCCAAGACCCUCCUGUCCGAACGCCCUCAGCAGUGGCCUGGCAGCAAAGGCGGUGGCAGUGGCCGUGUUUGAGCCUCCCCCUCUCCCGGACACGGUCAUCACGCACGAGGCUGUCAGGAGGCAGAGAGCGGCCCGGCUCCUGUGCCCGCGUGCAGAGCUGCCUGGGAGGCGGCCACGGUGAGGAAAACCGGAGCUUGCUUUGCGUGGCCGGGGAACUGCCCCAGGCUGUGCAGCGCCCAGGCUUUCACGGCCGAGCCCCUGGUGCCCAGCUGGGCUCGCGGCACACAGAGGGGGCUCGUGGCACACAGAGGGGGCUUGUAGAUGCUUAAGGCGUCAUCGCGAGACGGGGGUGACCUGUCCGGCCCAGAGCUGGUUGUUUGUAUUUUAAUGUUUCAAGAGACGAAGGACCUCGGCUGGGACGAUACAGAAAGAAGUGUCGCUGUGUUCCGGCGUGGCCUGGCGAGGGCUUGGCCGUGAGAGCCGUGCGUGGGCGGGUGUGGACGUCUGAGCUGGCUGUCCAGUGCUGCCCGGCGUCUGAGGCCGCUCACAGGGCCGACGUUAGGGGCAGACGUUAGCAACACGCUUCAGCUCCGCAGAAAGCCAUGAAGCUCCGCGUCAGCGCACGGCCGUCGACUCAGCGAACUGCAGGCGCGUGUUUGAAUUGUACUGUAGGGGGGCGGCGCUGUGCGGACGGGUAAAGCCACCACCUGCAGUGCUGCUUCCCAUAUGGGUGCUGGUUCAAGUCCCGGCUUCUCCACUCUCCAUCCAGCUCUCUGCUCUGGCCUGGGAAAGCAGCAGAGAUGGGCCAAGUCCCUGGGCCCUGUACCCCGUGGGAGACCUGGAAGAGGCUCCUGGCUCCUGGCUUUGGUUUGGCCCAGCUCCAGCCAUCGUGGCCAUCUGGGGAGUGAACCAGCGGAUGCAAGACCUCUCUCUCUCUGUGUCUCUGCUUCUCUGUAACUCUGCCUUACAAAUAAGUAAAUAAAUAAAUCUUUAAAAAGUAA